AAAGUGUUUUUUUAUUAACGAAAAAGGUUUUUUCAAUUACCAAAGAAACCUAUCGUUUAAUUAAUUAAUAUUUUAUUAAAUUUAAAUAAAGAUCGCUAACAAAAUGGUUGGAACCACAGUCUUAAAACGUGUAGACGAGAAUGAAUCUGCUGCUUUUAAACAAGUCAAAAAAAUUGGUGGUCUUACCACCACUGAGGUAACAAAACGAGCUGCUCUAGGUGAUUUACAGAAUCGUGGUGUUGUUCGUACCAUCGCUGCUAAGGAUGCUGCCCAAAAGGACCUGAAGGAUACUAGACUUCAAAAUGCAUUACGUGGCACUAAAGCACGCGUUGAUACACAAUGGAAAAAGACUACCACCACAACAACAACCACAAAUCCCACUGUAGCUGGAACAAAAACAAAUUUAACAAAUGGAGAAGUACAAAAAACAACAGCAACUACUGCUGCAACUGCUGGGCAACGUAAAAUCCUAACACGUUCCAACUCAGUGCGUUUAGGUACUAGCACAGCUACCACAGGACUGGGACUACAAAGACAUGCUUCAUCCCAUUUGCUUGUUGGACAAAAUCGAGUUAAGACGUUGACCACAAAAGUGAUCGAGAAUAAAGUGCAACAAGUGAAAGUUAAAGCUGAUGUAGUAGAUGAAAAUAAAUUAGAGGGAGGAACCACUACAACCUUACGCCGUGAAGAUAGCAAUUUGUCUCGUAAAUCUUUAACAAAAAUACAGGCUGCCAUUACACAAAAAGCUGCUGCUGCUGUCACCACAAAACCUACUUUGGUGAAAAGCAAUUCUACUGGUGGCUCUUUGGCCAUUAAGAAAGAUUUACCACAAAUUGAGAAAAAAGAAGAUAAAUUGAAAAUUGUCAGUAUACAAUCACAUUCAUCCAAAUUGUUGGAUAAUGUCAAAGACAUUGAUGAGGGUGAUGGUGAAAAUUUGAUUUUAGUUUCGGAAUAUGUCAAUGACAUUUAUGCUUAUCUUUUCAAAUUGGAAGCUGAACAGCCUGUCCACAAGAAUCAUUUAGAGGGUCAGGCUGAAGUUUAUGCUAAAAUGCGUGCCGUUUUAAUUGAUUGGAUUAAUGAGGUACAUACACAAUUCCAUUUGGUAGCUGAAACCUUCCAAUUGGCCGUGGCUAUUAUUGAUCGUUAUUUGCAAACCGUUAAGGAUACUAAACGUUCACAUUUACAGUUGGUGGGUGUAACAGCUCUCUUUAUAGCCGCCAAAUAUGAAGAGCUUUUCCCACCAGCUAUUGCUGAUUUUAUUUAUAUUACGGAUGAUACCUACACUGGUAAACAGAUACGUCAAAUGGAAUUGCAAAUAUUUAAGGCAUUGGGUUGCAAUCUCUCACGCCCCUUACCCAUACAUUUUUUGCGUCGUUUCUCUAAGGCUGCCGAUGCUGAAGAUAAUCAUCAUGCUAUGUCAAAAUACUUUUUGGAAUUGGCUAUGAUUGAAUAUGAUAUGUCACAUUAUAAACCAUCAGAGAUUGCUGCAGCUUCUCUCUUUUUAUCUUUAAAUCUAUUAAAAGAAAAUAGCAAUAUGUCUAGCGGCUUAAGCAAUAAACACUGGAACUCUACACUGGAAUGGUAUUCCAGAUAUUCACCCGAACAUUUAAGACCCAUUGCCAAGAAGAUUGCUUCAGUGGCACGCAAUGCUCCUCAUGCUAAACUCAAGGCUGUGUAUACAAAAUAUCAAGCAUCGAAAUUCCAAAAAGUUUCCAUGCGUUCUGAAUUAUACAGUCCGUUAAUGGAUUCCAUUAUCAGCAGCAAGUAAUUGAAAUGGCAGACGUAAGGUAGAAAGUAUUAUUAGUGUUAAGAAAAUAUUAUUAUCAACAACUACAACAAACAAGAACAAGAAAA